UCGGCCCUGGGGAAGGCAACGUCACAUCCGGUCUCUUCAGAGCUAAGCACGGUUCCAGCAUGGCUGACACCGGUGUGUUGGAGACGCUCCUACAGCGGAUUGAGAAGGUGGACGAUGGCGUGGACAGCCUGGAAGCGGCGAACAGCCUCGAGGUGGACCACCAGGUCAUCGUGGGAGCCGUGAAGAGUCUGCAAGCUCUCGGCGACGUCAUCUCAGCCGAGUUGCGCUCGUCCAAGCACUGGGAGCUGACUGAGGAGGGUAAGGAGAUAGCCGAGCAGGGCAGCCAAGAAGCCCGGGUCUUCAACUCCAUCCCGCAGGAGGGUUUAGCUCAGAGUGAGCUCAUGAAACUCUCCUUUGGGAAGAUUGGCUUCAGCAAGGCCAUGUCCAACAAGUGGAUCAAAGUGGACAAGUCGCACGAGGGCGGCCCAAGGAUAUUCAAGGCUGUGGAGAACAUUGAAGACCAGGUGAGAGAGAAGCUCCACUUGAUACAGAAAGGCAGCAGCUCUCAGAUGGAGGAGAAAGAAAAGAACGAGCUGAAGAAGAGAAAGCUGCUCUCUGAAGUGACGGUGAAGUCAUACUGGAUCUCUAAGGGCAACUCCUUCAGCACCACCAUCACCAAACAGGAGACAGAGCUCACUCCUGAGAUGAUCGCCAAUGGCAGCUGGAAAGAGAAAAAGUUUAAACCAUACAACUUUGAGGCCUUGGGUGUGCCCCCUGACUGCGGACACCUGCACCCACUGAUGAAGGUGCGGACACAGUUCAGGCAAAUCUUCCUGGAGAUGGGCUUUACAGAGAUGCCGACCAACAACUUCAUAGAGAGCUCUUUCUGGAAUUUCGACUCACUGUUCCAGCCUCAGCAGCACCCAGCCAGAGACCAGCACGACACCUUUUUCAUCUCUGACCCAGCACUUGCCCAUGAGUUCCCACAGGACUACCUAGAGAGAGUGAAGAAGGUCCACUCAGAAGGAGGCUUCGGCUCACAAGGAUACAAGUAUGACUGGAAGAUAGAGGAGGCUCAAAAGAACAUCCUCCGCACUCACACUACAGCGGUCAGUGCACGCAUGUUGUACAAACUUGCACAACAGGAGAAGUUCACUCCAGUCAAGUAUUUUUCCAUCGACCGAGUGUUCAGGAACGAGACUCUGGAUGCUACCCAUUUGGCCGAGUUCCACCAGAUUGAGGGUGUGGUGGCUGACUAUGGGCUCACAUUGGGGGACCUGAUGGGCAUCCUCCAUCAGUUCUUCAUGAAGCUAGGAAUUACCAAGCUUCGCUUCAAGCCCGCCUAUAACCCAUACACAGAGCCCAGCAUGGAGGUGUUCAGCUACCAUGAAGGACUCAAAAAGUGGGUGGAAAUUGGAAACUCGGGGGUCUUCAGACCAGAGAUGCUCCUGCCAAUGGGUCUUCCUGAGGACGUGUCAGUAAUCGCCUGGGGACUGUCCCUGGAAAGGCCAACUAUGAUUAAGUACGGCAUCAAUAACAUUAGAGAACUGGUUGGACACAAGGUGAACCUACAGAUGGUCUACGACAGCCCCAUAUGUCGACUGGAGUCCUGAGACUCACCCAACUUCUAUCACUGUUAUUAUUUUGGAUGGACCCACCUCACCUCAAUGUGAGAGCCUUCUAAUGUAAUGUUAUUCCAGUUGGACUGACAGCGACUCAAGCAGAAGGAAGGCCUAUUACAUCACGCAGCCUCAGAUAUUAAUGCAAAUGACCCCUUUGUACAGGAAAAAUACCUUUUUGAAGGUCAAUAAAAAGCUUUUCCAAAUAC